AAAAUGAUCACCAGGAAUAGAUCCAAUCUUGCUCAUUCGAACGACCCAUUUUCCAUUCUGAGAUUUUGAGUGUACUCCCGGGUCAAUUGUGGCGUAAGACGUGCGAUAACGACGGCCGAGGAUGUGCCAGUGUCCCGUCAGCUGCACACGGCUAUUUUCAGUGAUCGCAAGUCCCCCUCCUUUCUGAGUGGCCGCAGAGAUCCAGUCACAUAAGACAAGGGUUGCUCAAAAGACCCCUUCUCGUUCUGCAACCCCCCCUUUCUUCUAUUUCUUCACCAUUCACAUUCAAGAUGGGUGCAAACGAUAUUGCUCCUGCCUACGGACAGGUGGAGGACAAGAAAAUCAACGACACUGAUGUGGAGACUGAAAAGGUCGCGGUCACUGCCGCCCCUGACCUGGACUCCCUCAGUAUCGGCGAGGAGGUCGAGCUCAAGAAGGAGCUGGAACUCUUCGACAAUGAGAUCACUGACCUCGAGGAGAAACUCGUCGACUUGAGUGUGGCACAGGCUUAUUCGGUUGCGAAAGAGCUCUUUGACAUGCACAAGCACGAUCAGCUCUUCCCCCUCGACAUUCUCGAGAAGCUCGAAGAAUUCUCCAAGAAUUACGAAGAGAUCGCUGCCAACCCCGGACCUCACGCUACCCUCAUCCGAGAUGUCAAGAUCGAGGUCUUGCUGGCCACUGAGAACUCGCCCUACCUCGAGGUCAGAGCCAAUACCGAGACUACCGACGAUCCAACCAUGCCGGUCAUGACGUUCCGAUCGUUCCUCAUCGGCACCAUUUUCGCAGUGGUCGGUUCCUUCAUCGACACAUUGUUCUCGUUCCGUCAGCCUGCUAUCGGUAUCGGUACCAGUGUUGCCCAGCUUUUGGCUUAUCCCUUCGGCAACUUUUUGGCGAGGGUUCUGCCUCGCGGUCAGUUCCGUAUUUUCGGUCACACUUGCUCUCUGAACCCUGGACCUUUCAACAAGAAGGAACACAUGCUCAUCACCAUCAUGUGCAAUGUCAGUAUGACUUCCCCCUACACCGUCUACAUUGUUCCCGUGCAGUACCUCCCAGGCUACUUUGACGAAUCUUUCGCUCACAGCCGAGGCUACCAAUACUUGAACACUCUCGGUACCAACAUGGUUGGUUACGGUAUGGCUGGCCUCUUGCGACGAUUCUUGGUCUGGCCCUCGUUUGCAGUCUGGCCUGGAACUUUCAACAACAUGGCUUUGAUCAAGGCGUUCCACACCGAAAAGAAUGAGCCCGUGCGCGGACCUUUCGGCAAAAUGUACACUUGGUCUCGGGAGAAAUUCUUCUUGAUCACCUUUAUCGCCAUGUUUGUUUACUACUGGUUCCCCGGUUUCAUCUGGACCUCGCUCUCUUACUUCAGUUGGAUCACUUGGAUCGCUCCUAACAACCUCAACCUCGAUGCUGUGACAGGUUUCAAUGGAGGAAUGGGAUUCAACCCGUGGCCAUCAUGGGAUUGGAACAUUGCAGGUGCUUGGUUCACUCCAUUGACCGUGCCCCUCUUCAGUGUUGUCAACAUCGCCAUCUCGGCCGUGAUCAUCAACAUUGCCACCCUUGCCAUUUGGUACACCAACAAGUGGAACACCGGGUACCUGCCAAUCAACCAGCCCGGAACCUACGACAACACCGGUAACUCUUACAACGUAUCUAGGAUCUUGAAGAACGGCAGACUUGACCUGGACCUCUAUCAAUCCUACUCUGAACCAUGGAUGACCGCUGGAUUCAUCACUGCUUACAUUGGCUACUUUGUCAUGUACGGAGCGACCUUGGUCUACAUUCCUCUCUUCCACAGACACCAGGUUGCUCGGGCUUUCAAAGGAUUUGCAAAAGCGGUCAAAGCAUCUUUCCGACGAGGCAGCGACGGCGAACAAGACCUCCUCGACGAAGACAUCCAUGCAAAGCUCAUGAAAGAAUACAAAGACGUGCCCGAGUGGGCCUACAUGAUUCUGCUCGUCGUCUUUGCGGCCAUCGGAAUGAUUGGAGUUGCCAUCUACCCCGAUGACACCUCACCCGUCGUUAUGGUCUUCGGUAUCAUUCUCUGCCUCCUCACCAUGAUCCCAGUUGGAUUGAUCACCGCCACCACUGGAGUUUCUGUUCCGACCAAUGUCAUUUCAGAAUUCAUCGGAGGUUCACUGGUUUCCGGAAAUGCCAACGCUCUCAUGUACUUCAAAACAUAUGGUUACAUCUCCGCCGCUCAAGCCGUCAGCUUCUCAAACGACCUCAAAUUGGCUCACUACUUCAAGCUCCCCCCGUGGCACACUUUCACCGCCCAAGUCUGGGCAACAUUGCUUUACUGUAUCGUUAGCGCCAGUAUUUUCAACUAUGCCAUGGGCUUCAGGGACAUUUGCACGGAAGGAGCGGCUUUCCAUCUCACCUGUCCCGGUCAGACCACCUACUUCACUGCAUCUGUCUUCUGGGGAACUCUAUCGCCUAAGCGAUUGUUUGGACCAGGCAAGAGAUACACCACCGCUUUGUUGGGCUUCCCAGUUGGCGCUGCGAUGGUCUUUGUGUACUGGGGUCUGAAGCGUGCCUUCCCGAGGAGCAGCCUGAUCCGAGGUCUCCACCCGGUCAUGCUCGCUCAAGGUGGUGUCUACUUCUUGGCACCGUACAACAUCUCCUACAUGUUGCCUCUGCUCUACGUCACCGUCUUCUCCUUCAAGAUCGUCCGACCGCGAUACACCCAAUUCUGGGCGAAGUACAACUAUGUCCUCGCUGCAUCUUUCCCGACAGGUAUUGCCAUCGCUGGAGUCAUCAUCUUCUUUGCUCUCGAGGUUCCUCAUGGCGGAUACUCUCUCAAUUGGUGGGGUAACAAUGUUUUAAAUGAGGGUUACGAGGGAUCUUUCGGAGCUCCUCGUCUCGCCGUGCCUACCGACCCAGGUUACUUUGGACCGCCUCAAGGCUCUUUCACCUAAACGGUGUGUGUAGGCUGUGAAUGGAGGAAGUUUUAAUGCAGCGAAGCAGAUCUGUACGCAGAGUGAGGUCAUCC